AUGAGCCUCUUCCCCCGUGUGGCUGUCCCCGCCGCUCCGACCGCCGCGCACACCGGUGCCACGACGACAACCCAGCGCACACCCUCCGACCCACUCGCAUCCCUCGGCGUCGACAUCUUUCUGAACAUCGCCGACCAGAUGAACACGGUCGAGCUGGUCACCGCAAGCCAGGUGUGCAAGGCAUGGCGUGGCACCCUGCUCUCAUCCACCGAGUCGUGGCGCCGGGCGUGUCGCCGCUCCAAGGUCGAGCAAGGGGAGCCUCCGAUCCCCAACGUUGGCGGAUGGGACGACUUUGGUCUCACACACAAGAUCGCCAUCGUACACGCACGGAUUGAGCAGGCGUGGGAGACACGACCCCGGACGGCCCUGGAGCGCCGCCCAUUCCCAUCCCCUACACACGUCCAAGUCGACUCGGUGAGCGGGACAAUCCUAGCCUGCGCCGGAAACCAGUGGACCAUCUACGACUCGUGCAGUCUCGAGCGCUUAGUGACGUUUAAUGUCUCCAACGCACCUCGUCACCACAUCGGCCUCUGCAACGGCGUCCUGGUCUACCCAGCGUUACGCCCACCCGAAGACGGCUUUCCGGCGUACUGGACAUUCUUCAUUGUCAAGGUCGAGCGAGACCACCCAAACCCCCUACUGCGGCCUGUCCAAUUACUUCCCGACACCGCGGGGGUGAUGAGUCGUCCGGAUGGAGCUUGGGGAGGGUGGACGUUGGCUGCUGGCGGAUGGGCACAGCCCCCCUGGUUUGUGUGUGCCCAGGAAGAGGCGCUCAGCACACACCUGUACGUCCGCUCCUGGGACGGUGACAAACUCGGUCCUGCAGUGCGCUACACACACACCUUGCGCCAUGUGCAGCCAUUCCUUCACCUCCGCCUCCCUAUCUUCCAGCAAGGCCACCACAUGUUCCUCUACCAGGACAGGGCAGUCGUCUACCGCCACCCCCCGGAGGACUCUCCGAACGACCCCUGCAGGCGCAUUGCUACCUGGCCGCCACCUACCGGCCCGCUCACCUCCAUGGCCUUCCAGAUCAACAAGGCCAUCUACAAUAAGGACGGGCUGUGCAUCCUCACCAGGUUUGCAUCCUCUGUCAGUGUGAGGGGCGUCCGGGCGGGCAGCGUGGGGUUCCAGGUGGCGAUGGGGAACAAGACGGGAACGGCCCGGGGAGCCAAGCUGGCCUGCCACAAUGACCGCGAUCUCAUUGUGGCCGUAUGGAGGACCUGUGUCCUGGUGCUCAUGGGCUUCCAUGCCACCACUGCUCACCUCCUAACGCUUCCCGACGCGGAGAGGGCGAGCUACCUUGCGAAACGGACCGUGCUCCUCGAAUUCCAGCACUACGUAAAGGACAUCACGACAUACGGUGACCGGUUUGCAGUAGCCUUGAGUGACGGCAACAUCGUUAUCGUCGACUCGCGCAAGAUCGCGGCCGCCGUGGCAUCACCCCAGGCCGAAUUGCGCUGUCUUGUUCUGAGCGAUUUGUACACGCCCCGUGACUCCAACAUACUGCACAACGACGGAGGACGCGUCAACUCCAAGCUGCUGAUGGACGCGAGGGCCCUCUACAUUGUGGACCACCGGCAGAACAAGUUGACCGCGUACAAGUUUUUCUAG